AUGGCCUACGCCCAGCCGCAGGCCCUGACGCCCGAGAACACGCUGCCCUCGAACCACUCACUGCAGCCUCGCGGCUCCAGGUCGCCCUCAGCCUCGACCGGCGCCUUCUCGCCACAACCCUCGAUUGACGGCAGCGUGGCCGGUGGCGAUUUCUCUCGCUCCAUCUCUCCCAGCUCUUCUCCGGACCUCCGCGCCUACGGAUACCUGAACAAGAACGGCACCUGGACCUGCGCUUACCCCGGCUGCACCUCGAGGGCCGUCUUCACGCGCGGCUGCGACCUGCGGAAGCACCACAAGCGCCACACCAAGUCCUUCUUCUGCAGGCACGAGGGCUGCCCCCAGGCCACCGGCGGCGGAUUCUCCAGCAAAAAGGAUCUGGCCCGGCACGAGGCCAAGCACAACCCCGGCGUCAUCUGCGAAUGGGGAGGUUGCGAACGCAUCUUCAGCAGAGUUGACAACAUGAGGGACCACGUCAAGCGGAUACAUCUCAAGGGCUCGCGGCCGGCGCCCGCCAAGCGCACGACGACGGCGUGA